AUGGAGCCGAUAGAAGCCCAGGCUGGAGACAGUCAGGCCAAGGCCUACCAGCCACAUGCACAGGACCGCUCGUCAGAAGAGAGGGAUACCCUACAAGAGGACGUGGAGAUGUUGCAAGACGUGGAAUAUGAAGAGGCCGUGGAGCGAACAAAGAUUCGGGACUGGACAGAGGUCCGAAGAGCACUGGAGGCAAUUGGAGCCGCACAACAACAGAGCACCCCAGCCCAAUCAAGGGGUCUAUAG